AUGACCAGCCUCGACUUCUCAGACAGCUCAACCUCCACUACCACCGGUCCUCCGGAGCAUGUUACAAGACGCUACUCUGCUCCCGAAGCCUUUGAUCACGAGCCUCGAAAUCGACUUACCGAUAUCUGGAGCUUAGGUUGCGUACUCUUUGAAAUCUUAGGUCGGCUGUACGGGUACAAGCUGAGCGAGAUGAAAGAAUUCUGGCGCUCAAACAACACUCGCUACGACAGCUUCGCAGAAAAUCCAGACGCUACUGCCUCAUGGUUAGAUAUAGUUACUCAGAAUGAACCGAAGGCACAGCAUGGAUACAUUCGAAGGCGCUUGUGGAUGAUCUCCUUCAUAUAUCAUGUACUUCUCCAGCCGAACAGGCUACUACGCCCUACUGCACUGCAGGUAAUGGAAAGACUGCAGGAUUUAGAUGCUGCGUUUCCCGUCAACGUAUCGCAGUCUUGGGUUGGAGCAUGCUGCGCCACCCGAUUAGGCUCAUCAGCAUCGUCGAUCACAUUAAGCCAGGACGUACCGCAAUGGCCUAUGCUGGACCUGGUGAUGACGGACAACCAUUUGGCCUAUCUAUGCCUUAAUGUGGACCUAGAACCGUUCGCCAUGAGCAGUAACCUCUCCUUCUUGGACGAUGUGAACGGACCUGGGAUACGCAAACUUGAACAUCUUUUCACCGCUGGACCCUCUUUAGAGCACAUCCAGCGUGAAGCGCGCGCAAUUGAGAAAACCGUCAAUCCUGGGGACCAAAGACCUAUGGACCCUGACACGAUUUUUGAACACACGAUGAGCAGCAUAUUUACUUGCCUGCUUCAAGAGACAACUUUCUGGGUAGACUUCUUUGAUGUUAAGCUACAGAACGAUGUAAUCCCCCGUAUACGCACCGUACAGAUCAGUCUGCAUACCUGGGUCAUGGAACGCCAGCCGGGCUACGGCGCCCCGUUCAUUGUCAUGACAUUCGACCCCAACGAAGGUGAAGUAACCCGAUCCUUUGAUCCCGCGCAGGGUAUAAUCGCGGAUUUCUCCUACCGGGAGGGUAGAGAUGUCUGGACGGAUGGCCUAAGCAUUGCGCCUAUCCUGUUUCAAGGAGCGAACACGGUGAGAUAUGCCAGGUUUGUUGCACUUGUAUCGAAACGGCGAAGGGAUUACAACAGACUUGUAAGCUGGACACGUGCUAUAUCACGAUUCGGAUAA